AUGGUCCAUGUUGGAGCGACUGGAGCGAGUGUAGCGGUGGCUGUGACUCGACCGGACAUCGAACCCGCCACCCAAUCAGAGAGUGGUUGGGGCUCUUGGGGUGCCUGGAGUGAGUGUGAGGGCGGUGAGAGGGUGAGGCGGCGCAGCUGUGAGUCGGGGGCCUGCGUGGGGGCCCAGCUACAGGCGGCCAGGUGUGGAGACGAUGAUAUGGAUAACGGUUGUCUAUUAUGUCUGGGUGUGGUGGUGGCGUGUUACCGUCGUCCUUGGAAAAGAUCUACAGUCCGCGUGCCUUCCAGCCCGCAUUACAUCACCGCUAAACAAAACAGCUAUGUCACAGUACCGCUUAAGCCGCGUAAAGCAAAACGCCAGCCAUCAUUCUCAGGCAUGGGCACCAGUAGUGGCAUCCUCGUUAAAAGCAACAACCUAUCUAAUGCCAACCACAACAACACUAUGGCAACCCCCAAACUAUAUCCCAAGGCCAUCGCCAAUGAGUACGACUCAAUGGGAACACUACGAAGACAUUCCAACCAACCGAACAAUAAAACUAAUAUUGAUAUCGAAGAGGAAAAGUUCUAUUGA